AUGGCAUCAUCGCAAUUUCAGGCUUCCACGAUCCAGCCGAUCUACCCAGUUAAAAUGUUUCCUGUCAGUUUCUGCUUGGUCAAAGAUUCCAGCACGAUUCCACAUGCUGGUGGCAUGAGGGAGCGUCAGGGUACUAUUUACUUAGCUCCAAACGAUAUGUAUAUCUUUGGUAGAAGCGGUUGGGUUCGAUGGGAUCCCAAAGACGCUCUUCAUCUUACUGUUGCAGGAGAUGAAUGCAUUAUUGCACCUUGCCCCAUCAAUGGGAUCUGGCUGCUGGCUAAUGAUACAUCCUAUCCCCACUACCUCACAUCCAUGGAAGUGGAAUUUCGCGGAAUCGGAUUCCAACACCCCCCAACGAAUGCUGACAUCCUGCGGCUCAUGGGGAUGCAAUUUUCCAAUCCCAAAUCCAAAUCCCAGGAUUUGGAGAAGCAGGGCGAAGGUGUCAUUGGCAGGGCUCAAAAGCCACCUGCAGAGGCUGCAGUCCCUAUGCAAGAAGCUGGUAGCCGAUUGCAGAAGAGAAAGGCAAGGGAUGUAGGUGGGAGUGGAUCAAGGAAAUUGGACGAUGAGGAAGUCAAGGGUGCCCUGAUUUCAUCCACAUCAGCAAGCAGAAAGGGCAAAGGAAAGGAGGUGUUGAAACCAGAAGGUCACUGCACCACGAACGAGAAAAAAAGACAGAGGACUGAAGAUGCCAAAUCCAUCGCUGAGCAGGUUCCUUUCCUCGAUCAAAUCACCUGCCCACCGGAUACGAAGGUGAUCGAUUGGGAAUCAUUGGAUAUAAGAACAUAUGCUCCAUGGUUCAGUAAAGUGGACUGUGAUGCGGUCGAGUACAUGUCCAAGGCCGUCUCCGCCACUGAAUACCAGUAUGGACAUGGGCGGACGAUGCUAGUGGAGCUGAAGUAUGAUGGGGACAAGGGCUCGCUGGCACAGCUAAUCGACAACAUCAGCGAUUCACUGUCGAGGGGAUGUGCAGUGUUGGUCAGGGGAUGGAAGCCGAAUAAUCCACCCCUCGACUUCACUUGUGAAGACAUUCGCUUCUUCCGCCCGACGAUAUCACAGGAAGUCGUCGUUCAAGAUGCAUUAAAGUGUGCAGAGCAGCAGGAGGCAAAGGGGGGGCCAGACAUGAGCAAAGUUUUUGAAGUGCUCAGCGGAGUAAAAUUCAUCGAGCUUGCAGACGAUGAAAAUACAUGCAUGAACCUCCUCAACUUCCCAAACACCCAGCCUGAGGUUCCCAUAUUCCUCAGGCAACUAUCCAACAAUGUAAAUGCAAAGACCAUGACCAUGAACGACAUUUAUCUCCCCCAUUCUGGUAAGAACGCGGGAAAAUCAUAUUAUGGCGUGCAGGCAGUCUUGGGGGAUGUUAAACGACUUUGUGGAUGGGAUCUACUGACACAUGGGGGUUUCGUCACGUACCCUCACCAUGAUGUGGCGGGGCUAUGCACAUACAUCACCGUACAGUCCGGCAGCAAGAUAUGGGGUUAUUUCGACACCCCUGGAAGUCAGGAUGCACACAGAGAGAAUCUAUUCAAGGCCUGGGAUGAUAUUUUUGCUGACAACAUCAAUCUUAAGUUCCGCAAGUAUCCUCUUGGGACCGUUCAUCUUCAACGUGGAGAUACUCUGAUUCAGCCUCCUGGGGCUAACCACAUGGUGUACACUCUGCAGAAUGGCCUCACGUCCGGGGGCCAUUUCCUUUCAUAUUCCACCAUGCAUCUCACGGAGAUCACAAUCAAUUAUGACUGCUCAAAGGUUCCCGAAGGCGAACGGACCAGAGCAAGAAAGGAAAGUACAAGUCGGCCUGAAGAUGCGGAUCAUAUGCCUGCCAUGGAUGAGAGGGAUAACAUGAGGAAAGAGAUAGCCAAUGAGUCGGAAGCAGCGAAGAAAAUAAUAUCGCAUCUCAAGAAGGCCCUUCAGGUAACGGAUGCCGAAAAAGAACUGGAGACAGGGUUCAUGGUGGGAUCAUGGACCGGUAUGCGAACUCUUUAA